AUGGCGGUAGAGGGACCAACGGGAAGGAUGAUCUCAACACGCAUCCUCAUCAUCUCGGACACGCAUGCCCAUCUGCCUUUACCGGCCGAGGGCUCUACCGUGCCGUUCCACCAUCCCCUGCCCGCCGCCGACGUGCUCAUCCACUGCGGCGACCUGACCAUGAAUGGCGAGCUCUCGCAGCACGAAGCGGCCGUGGCGCUCCUGACCUCCUCCUCCGCGGCCUUGAAGAUCGUGAUCCCGGGAAACCACGACCUCACCCUGGACAGGGCGUACUACCACCGCUUCCCGGGCCUGCACGCCGCCUACGGACCGUACGUGGACACAACCCUGGACCGGAUCCGCGCGCUCUACACCUCCCCCGAAGCCCGGGCGGCGGGGAUCCGGUACCUCGAGGAGGGCGUCGCGCGGUUCACGCUGCGCAACGGCGCGCGGCUCGCCGUCUACGCAAGCGCCUACCAGCCCGAGUUCUGUAACUGGGCGUUCGGGUACGCGCGGUCUGUUGACAGGUUCAACUCCCCGCGUCAUGGAGAACUAGGAGGAGGUGGCGGGCCAGAGUGCCCGGUGCCCGACCACGGAGAGAUUGAUGUCAUGAUCACGCACGGUCCCCCGAAGGGGAUCUUGGACAAGGUCUGGCGAGGCGAGGGGAGGGACGGGGAGAAUGUCGGCUGUGGCCAUCUUCGCACGGCGGUCGAGCGGUGUCGGCCCCGGAUUCAUUGCUUCGGGCAUAUCCACGAGGCUUGGGGCGCGGUGAUGAAGAGGUGGGAUGUCGAGCGCGGUGGGGCACCGGAGGGGGUCUACACGGCAGCGGAAGAUGGGCUGCCCACUUUCGACGACGGCAAUGAUGGCACGGGCAGAGGAGACAGGGACGGAGAACAAAGCGGUCCAGUGACGAUGUCUAUCCGGGGGAGUAGCAGCAGCAUAUCCCACCCUUCGACCGUCGAUCCGAGCCAGCGACAACAAACCCCGGAGCCAGAAACGACGCUGCCCAAAGAGCCCAACCCGCCGUACCAUCCCCACGACAACCCAAACAGCUACUACAUGUACACCGACCCGCGCACAGAUCAGCACCGCCGAGUCCAGCAGGACAUGCCCUCCCAGGCCGCCGUGCGCGCCGGCGAAACGCUCCUCCGGCCCGAGGCCUACGAGGACCAAGUGCGGCGGAGGUGCGCCUCCGUCGACGCGCGCGGCCUCGAGUUCGGCAGGGAGACGCUGUUCGUGAACGCGAGCAUCAUGAACCUCCGGUACAGGCCGCUGAACGCGCCGUGGGUGGUGGACGUCAUGUUGCCCGAGGAGCCCGGGCGAGCCAGCGCUGAGGAGUGA